AUCUGACAUAAUCUGACAUGUGUACAAACAUAGCACACGUGGAUAAAAUGUCAUCGCUACACACCACCAGUGGAUGUUUACAUCGGAAAUAAAUCCAGUAAAAGUGAUGGAAAAAAUGCUGAAAAUAUAGUACAUCUUAAGUAGAGUAGCUCAAAGAAAUUCAGCCACAUUACGGUUGCAUAAAUCUAGCUCUGAAUAGGCCUACUCAAAGACAUGAAAGUAGUUUUAUUUUGUCUUAUCACCCUACCGCUGACAAUGGUAGUGGUGUGCUGUGCUCCAAAAACUGUGGAUGUGACAAAUGAUCGAAAGAAACGAAACGGUGAUCACACACCCUUAUACAAAGACGCCCUCUUUACCAGCCCCAAAACGGCAUACUUCCAGAAGAACCAAACGCACUACCUGCGAUGUACAACUUGGCGAUUUGGGGAAAGACUAAGCUCAGUGUUCUGGUAUAGGGGUGAAACCCUUGUGAUCAGGUUAUCUGAUCAGCUGGAAAACAUCAGAGCUGAACGGUACCAGUUGAUGGAUGAUCAAUCGGGCCUCAUAAUUUACAACGUCACUGAUGACGAUGGAGGACUUUACGAUUGCCGAGUCGUACCAACAGCUACGAAGAGAGAAAGGCAGGGCCUGGUUAAUGUCGAGAUCCUCGACUCUACAUUUCCAGCAGAUGCUGUUUCCAUGGACUCAAUAAACAUGGCAUUGUUGUCACAGAAUGUCGACCGACAAAAUGGCGGUCGAAUCAAAUGUCCCCAUUCAACCAUAGAUGCCUCCGCAACCUACUGGUCCCUUGAUAAAGGAGAAGGAGUCGAUACUGAUAUAAUUGGUGCCGAAUACUCGAAUGAAGACACCUUGGUACUUGAUAAAUAUAAAGGUGACUAUCAGAUCGUGAAUGGCGGAGACUUGCAGAUACUGUCAUUACAGCGCCCUCACCGGCGAUUUUGGUGUCAUCGCUUUCUGAACGGCAUGGCAGUAGGACUCGUUAAUGUCACUGGAGUAGUCCUCACAAAUCAAGAGAGGCCGAUUAUAACAGGCUGUGAACCUCCGCCUGGGGAUGGAUGUCAAGUAAACCCUGAUAAAGAUCUUCAACUCAAAUGCAGCGUACUCAAUGUCUACCCCAAGGUAACCUUGUAUUGGAAUGACGUCUCUAAGUGUGAUACAAACUUUAAGGAGGAGUCUUUGGAGAGUUUUGAUGAUGAUGCCAAGACGUUCAACCAGACCCAGCUGCUCACCGUCAAAGCAGGGAGCUUCUCUGAUGAUUGCCUGCCGAAGUUUGUUUGUAACGCGAUCGGUGCAGCCAUCCCAGUUCAACCUUUCAGUGCAGAGGUCACUCUACAAGUUGUAUCAGUCCUCACAAAUCAAGAGAGGCCGAUUAUAACAGGCUGUGAACCGCUGCCUGGAGAUGGAUGUCAAGUGAACUUUAACCCUGAUAAAGAUCUUCAACUCAAAUGCAGCGUACUCAAUGUCUACCCCAAGGUAACCUUGUAUUGGAAUGACGUCUCUAAGUGUGAUACAAACUUUAAGGAGGAGUCUUUGGAGAGUUUUGAUGAUGAUGCCAAGUUGUUCAACCAGUACCAGCAGCUCACCGUCAAAGCAGGGAGCUUCUCUGAUGAUUGCUUGCCGAAGUUUGUUUGUAAUGCGACCGGUGCAGCCAUCCCACUUCAACCUUUCGGUGCAGAGGUCGCUCUACAAGUUGUAUCAGGUGCGACAUGGAUCAUCUUUAUCUUGUUAUUUUUAGGUCUGUCUUUGAUUAUCAUGCUUAUUUUAGUAAUAAGGAGACGUACCUUUCUUAGAAAGAUCGUGAGAUCUCCAAACGUCGAAGCUAAUACGAUGGAGUCUGAUGACUCAAAAUACCAAUCACCUACAUCUACCGAAAAGACUGAGAUCGAGGUUGAGAUCGAACCAGAAGACAAAGGAUGCUACUUUGUAACACUUCAAGACGAGAGGCAAACUAUUAAAGACAAAGCAUCACAAUCUGAAGAGCUUAAACUAGUCGAAAAUGAUGAAAGCCAAACGUUAAUGCCCCAAACAUCGCAAAUUCAAGAACUGAAUCUAGACGAUCAUGUGACAGAACAUGUUGAGAUCCACCCAUCAGGUUCUAGUAGUUUCUUCCUCCGUCGAAUGCUAACCCAAGCCCAAAAUAUUGUUGUUAACAUUCACAAUCAUGUCAUUAAUAAAACACCCACAAAGCGGAAUCGAAGAAAACCAAAGCAGAAGAAAGACGGAAAGGGGGGCGCAUCCUAUCAAACAAUUUCCGUGGAAGCUGUUCCAGAGUCAUCUCCAUCUGAUCAACAUAACUUGGAAGUUGAGAUGCACGAGAACUCACUUACAAGUCCACGGCAAUUAAACAUGGCGGAUUCAACACUUCAAGAAGGGUACGAAGCUGAUGAGACAAAUCUUCAAGACGUUUCUGUUAUUCAGGAGACUCCGGAUACUCGUGAUGACCCUCAAGAGCAUUCCGAUCAACAGACGUCCCCCAAAGAGGUUACUUGUGAACCUCUGCAGAAAGUAGAACCCCGUCACAACAUAAAUGAAGCUAAUUCUGAGCCUCAUCUGACCGAAGAUAAGGCGAACCUUCAAAGAGAGGAUCCUUCAGAGAUAUCAGUUACUGAGGAUGAAGCUGCUUGCCCAACAGAUGCAUUUAAUGGAGCAUCAUCUGAAAUACAGACAAGCACAGCCUCGGAUAACACAUCUUCACAGAAACAAAAUGACGUAAUACAAGACGAGAACCAACAGAGCAAAGCACCUGAGCAAUCACCAGCUGCCUAUGGAAAGAUCCCUCCGAAACGUAAAAAAACUCAUGGAAAGACGCCUUAUCAAAAGUCAAAGAAUGUUCAAAGUGAGAUCAAAGAUUCUUUGAAACCAAAAGGAGUGGUCAAUCAAGCUGCGGGAAAUUCUAAGCAUGCAACGGGAAGAGAUACUGGCAACGUAACUGAUGAAGAAACAGAGCUUCGAUUAACUCCAGAUUCCGGUUAUUCGGGCAGUGCACAUUGUGGUCCUGAUGGUAAUGAUGAUGCUGUUGCUCCUGAAGAAAGCUCCGAAGAACAAUCUGCUAAGCCACAAGUCACCCAACCCGCUCUUAAUAACGACUUCAAUACUGAGUCAAGUCCUACAGAUCCACUCCUCGAUCCAACUGUCAAUCCAAACUCCGAAGAUGUUCAACAUCCACAUAAAAAAGAUCCAACUCAACAACCUGAAUCAAUCAUGAAACAGCCGUCACCUCAUCCCAAUCCUUUUCCAAACGUUACCCCUCAAGAACCCUCUAGUGACAACCCGUCUCAGAAAGAACAAGACGCUCCUCCUCUUUCAUUACCUUACAACGCCCAGAUUCAAAGUGACCCAUAUUACCCUUCCCCGGGUUCGAACACGAUAAAUCGCUGGCUUGAUGACACACCCAAAGCUGGCAUCCCUGAACCAUCGCUCCAAACAAGCCCUCAAGCUCCUCUUGCAGACCAAGAUGAUGCACCAAAAACUGGCAUCCCUGGAUCAACGCUUCCAAGUCCCCAAGCUGACCAAGACGGUCAUGUUCGCGCCCAAAGACCGGUAGUCUCUCCCCAAUCUGACUACUGUGAACCAUCUCCUGGUGUUGGUCCAGAAUCAAAUGGAAGCAGAUACCCAGAUCGCUUUUCAAGCGACGAUGAAUCCAUGGUUUCCGAAAGCGGUAAUGAGGUAGCGGAUGACACGCCGCAUAAUGGCGUCAGUGAUGACGUAGGUUACGAUCAGCAGCACGAAACGCCCUCAGUGGAGAUGGAUGAAGGAACUGCUGAUGACAUUUCACAGGCUUCUCCUCCAGAUAUAGAAAUGAAAGAAGACGAAAUUGUUGAACGUCCAAAACGUGACCCCAAGGAGCGACAGUCAAAGACCAAGGAUUUGCUGAGGAAACAAAACCCUCUUAAAAUUGAUAACUUUGUAGCCCAAAGACUGAAAAAUUCUACCGGUUAUUGAUCAUGGUGUUUGACAAGGGCGGUUUUUGUUAAAAUAAAACAACGGAUGAGCUCUGAGUUCUUUACCAAACAGUUCGCGGUACCUCAUGGGAAGCAGUCAGCUAAAGGUUACACUUCGUGAAAGAUGCGAGUCAGAGACCAGACUUGUCGUGUACGACGUCACAACGGGACUUGAAGUAUAUAAACUUCACUCGUUAUAGAUAUCCUCUUGUCAUUGCUUGUAUUUUACAAACUACUUAUUUUUUAAGUAUAUGUUUUUAAAGUUAAAACUCUUUAGAAGUUUGAUCCUUACAUUGUGCACUUUUUAAAAUUUUGUACGAUGUGAAGCGCCUUACUGUUUACAGUAUGCUGUUCACAAUAAUAAUGGUUCUUCAUGGAAUUCUUACUCUCUCAAUGUAAAGGAGUGAACAACCACUUGUUUGUCCGCCAUAACCCUCUUGCAAUGGGCCAUAUGGCGGACAACUCUUUUUGGAGUGAAAGACGGGUACUUUCAACUC